UGGAAGGAAAACCAUGCAACGUUUAUGAAUGAACUGAAAAAUCUUCAGGCUUCAGGUCUAACAACCCUUGGUCAGGCACUCAGGUCAUCGUUUGACUUGUUAAAUCUCAAUAGAUUAGUGUCUGGAAUAGACAACUAUGGACAGGGAAGGAAUCCAUUCUUUUUGGAGCCAUCUAUUUUGAUUACCAUCACAGACGGAAACAAACUGACAAAUACGGCUGGAGUUCAAGAGGAGCUUCAUCUUCCUUUGAAUUCUCCUUUGCCUGGAAGUGAACUAACCAAAGAACCAUUUCGUUGGGAUCAAAGGCUGUUUGCUCUAGUCCUGCGUUUGCCAGGGCCAGAGCAGCUUGGGAGUGUGCCUACUGAUGAAUCUGCUAUCACACAGAUGUGCGAAGUUACAGGAGGUCGUUCUUACUGCGUUCGGACACAAAGAAUGUUGAAUCAAUGUUUAGAAUCUCUAGUUCAAAAAGUCCAAAGUGGAGUUGUUAUUAACUUUGAAAAGUCGGGACCAGAUCCAGCUCCUAUUGGAGAAGAUGGACUAGUUGAUUCAUCCAGGCCCAUCAAUUCAUUUGCUUCUCAACCGUGGCAUAGUUGUCAUAAACUCAUUUAUGUACGGCCUAACCCUAAAACUGGUGUUCCUGUUGGGCAUUGGCCAAUCCCAGAAUCUUUUUGGCCUGAUCAGAAUUCACCAACACUGCCUCCACGCACAGCUCACCCUGUUGUGAGGUUCUCCUGUGUUGAUUGUGAGCCAAUGGUAAUAGACAAACUUCCUUUUGACAAGUAUGAGCUUGAGCCUUCACCCUUAACACAGUACAUCUUGGAACGAAAGUCUCCCCAUACCUGCUGGCAGGUAUUUGUGGGUAGCAGUGGAAAAUACAGCGAACUUGGCCAUCCGUUCGGGUAUUUAAAAGCAAGCACUACUUUAACCUGUGUAAACCUCUUUGUGAUGCCUUACAACUAUCCUGUUUUACUUCCGUUGUUAGAUGACUUGUUUAAGGUUCACAAACUUAAGCCAAAUCUGAAGUGGCGACAGGCUUUUGACAACUACUUAAAAACAAUGCCUCCUUACUACUUACUGACAAAAAUAGAGUCGGAACGGAUAAUAGGUUCAGUGGGUAAGAAAGUUCCACAAGAAAUUGGAAUAAAAGUGAAAAAUCACUCCAGUGGCCUCUCCUUGGUACACAGCAGGGAUUUUAAGCAACUGCUGCAAGGGAUCACUGGGGAAUCUCCCCUGAGACUGGCGGAAAUGAACGUUAAAGAAUUUGCUGGCUUCCACAUAGGACUUUUAAACAAGGAUUUGAAGCCACAGGCAUUCAGAAAUGCGUAUGAUAUUCCUCGUCGCAGUCUUUUAGACCAGCUAACUAGAAUGAGGACUAAUCUUCUGAAAACACACAGGCUUAUCUUGGGGCAGGAUGAAGACUGCCUUCAUAGUGUUCCUGUUGCUCAAAUGGGAAAUUACCAGGAAUACCUGAAAAUGAUGCCUUCACCCCUUCGGGAGAUUGACCCAGAUCAACCAAAAAGACUUCAUACAUUUGGCAAUCCAUUUAAACAGGAUAAGAAGGGUAUGAUGAUAGAUGAAGCAGAUGAAUUUGUCGCUGGGCCUCAGAAUAAGAUUAAGCGUCCCGGAGAACCUAAUACUCCAGCAUCACUAAAGAGAAGGCGUAGCAUGUCACCACUGUUGAGACGGCCACAGUCACCACCCGUCGUAACGAAUCAUGUUGGUGGGAAAGGGCCACCGUCUGCUUCUGGAUCCCCAUCAUAUCUGAACCUCAAAGGCAUCCCAGCAAAUAAAGAUACAUAUUUUUAAUUUGUAGAUCCCAAUAACAGUGUUCAAGAUGGCAAUGGAGAGAAGAAAGCAGAAAAUUGUCAGUCACUGGAAAAGCAAAUUGAUGGCUUACCUGUGCAAAUGGUUCCUUCGGUUCCAGCUGCUAUGGGAGAGGAUGAAAUGUUACCCAAUGACUUAGACUCUCUACCUGUUGAAUUCAAUUGUUUAAGUGAAGAUGGGUUGGAUCAUAAACCUGGUACCAACGCACUUGUUCGAGGGCCUCUAAAUUACAGUGUGACUGGAGAUGACCAAAAACGGGCGAUGGAGUCUGCUUCUGAAUCUGUGCCAAAUUCAUUUAAAAUAACACCUAUGAUGUUGGAGGGAAACAAUGCUGAUAUCAAAAUUAAAGUGAUGAAAGAGGUUCGCAAACCUGGAAGAAAUUAUGAAAAAAUUUUCUCUCUUCUUGAGGAGGUGCAAGGACCUAUGGAAAUUCAGAAGUAUUUCAUUGAAUUUGCUAUCAAGGAAGCAGCAAGGUUUAAAAAACGGGUCUUAAUACAACACUUAGAGAGAAUACUAGAGGAACUAGAGUUCAACAGCCUACCCAACAGAGUUAAUCAUGUCAACAGUAGAUAAUAAUGUACCGUCCAGACGAAUAUGGACCAGGAAUGAGUUUGCUGUGCCGCAGAAGAGUGGAAGAGGAUGUAGCUGCUGCCCUCACCAUCUUGGCAGUCAAGUGAUUUUACUGUCACAGUCUGAGAAGAAGCAGUGGAGCUUUAACUUUAAGAACCUCUAUCGGCAGAAGCUGGGCUAUAACCUUAAGGAUUUGCUAUGAAAGGUGUGGCUUUUUUCCUGUGGAGGGUGCUAUUUGCUCAACAGGCUGAAGAAAAUAACCAUUGCUGCCCCUCCUGCAGGUGAUGAGAAUUUACUCAUUUGAACGCUGUCAUUAGACAUUUACAGACAUUAGACGUUAUAGGCAGCAGGUUGCACUAAAAUGGGGCACUGUCAAAUGCACACACUGUCUGCAUCGUGGAGAGAGCCCGUGUGUUCCCAAAAAAAACCCUCCCAGAAACACCUGCACUGGUAAAAUUGCAUGUUGCCACCACAGAGACAAGGGUCUUGUUCCCAAGAACUGCUAGCCAUGCCUUUAAACUUGAGAUUCAGUGUAGAUUGAGAGUAAAGAAACUGCUAUUGUGUUAAUGAAAGCUAAAGACAGCCCUGUGACUGUUACCACCUGAUGGUCACUAAACAAUCUACCUCAGACUCUCUUCUGUUUUGUCUGCAGACAUUAUGAAAGUGCACCUGAGGCUUCCCAGGUCCCCGACUUCAGUUCUCUUUCAUCCUGUGAGGAGGACGGAGAUUCUUCAGGUGGCCUUGGCACACGCUGUGCUUUGGAAGCACUAAAAGGAAACGCUUUUAAAAACGUGUAUUUUAAUGUUCAUACAAAAGAGAUUAUUUUGAACAGUAUUGUUACCAGAUCACUAAUUUGAUAUUUUAACUGUAUAAAUUUUUUGGAACAUAUGUAUAUAUAAAAUAAACCAUUUUAUUAAUUUUUAAUAAGUGCUAAUCUGA